GACACUCCAGGGUUUGGUGAGUGCUGCCCAAAGAGAAUCUCCUUUGGCUCCCUGGCAGGCAGGCAGGCAGGCUGAGGCCCUCCGGAGCCCCCGGGUAAGCCAGAGCAGGAGCUGGUAGGGUUAUCCAAAUCAGGAUCAUUUCCAGGGGGAAUAGUUCUGGCCCCUGACUGGUAACAGCAGGGCAGAGAAGAGAGCAGAAGAGGAGGGAGAGUGCACAACUCCUAGCCUGGCCCCAGAGGCUCCAUGUGAGCAGACCAAGUUGGAGAAAGGCUCUCUACUUUCUGCAGCAUUCUCCUUGCUGGGAUAUCACACUUACCUUGGCAGCCAGUCUGAGAAAGAGCUCCAGGUUCCCUGCGGAAUGACAACUCUUGUUCCUGCAACCCUCUCCUUCCUUCUCCUCUGGACCCUGCCAGGGCAAGUCCUCCUCAGAGUGGCCUUGGCAAAAGAGGAAGUCAAUUCUGGGACCAAAGGGCCCCAACCUAUGUCCCCCUCUGAUUUCCUGGACAAGCUUAUGGGACGAACAUCAGGAUAUGAUGCCAGAAUUCGACCCAAUUUUAAAGGCCCACCUGUGAAUGUGACUUGCAACAUCUUCAUCAACAGUUUUGGCUCUGUCACUGAGACUACUAUGGACUACCGGGUGAAUGUCUUCUUGCGGCAACAGUGGAAUGACCCACGCCUAGCCUAUGGAGAAUAUCCUGAUGACUCUUUGGACCUUGAUCCCUCCAUGCUAGACUCUAUCUGGAAGCCAGACCUGUUCUUUGCCAAUGAGAAAGGGGCCAGUUUCCAUGAGGUGACCACAGACAACAAGUUACUGCGCAUCUUCAAGAAUGGGAAUGUGCUCUACAGCAUCAGGCUGACCCUCAUUUUGUCCUGCCCAAUGGACCUCAAGAACUUCCCCAUGGAUAUCCAGACCUGCACGAUGCAGCUGGAGAGCUUUGGCUACACCAUGAAUGACCUCGUGUUUGAGUGGCUGGAAGAUGCUCCUGCUGUCCAAGUGGCUGAGGGGCUGACUCUGCCCCAGUUUAUCUUGCGGGAUGAGAAGGAUCUAGGCUACUGUACCAAGCAUUACAACACAGGGAAAUUCACCUGCAUCGAGGUAAAGUUUCACCUGGAAAGGCAGAUGGGCUACUAUCUGAUUCAGAUGUACAUCCCCAGCCUACUCAUCGUUAUCCUGUCCUGGGUCUCCUUCUGGAUCAACAUGGAUGCCGCCCCUGCUCGCGUGGGCCUAGGCAUCACCACUGUGCUCACCAUGACAACUCAGAGCUCUGGCUCCCGGGCAUCUUUGCCUAAGGUGUCCUACGUGAAGGCAAUCGACAUCUGGAUGGCUGUGUGCCUGCUCUUCGUGUUCGCUGCCCUGCUGGAGUAUGCUGCUGUCAAUUUUGUCUCCCGUCAGCAUAAGGAAUUCAUGCGACUUCGAAGAAGGCAGAGGCGCCAAUGUAUGGAGGAAGAUAUCAUCCAAGAAUGUCGCUUCUAUUUCCGUGGCUAUGGCCUAGGCCACUGCCUGCAGGCAAGGGAUGGAGGUCCAAAGGAGAGUUCUGACAUUUAUACCCCCCAACCUCCAGCCCCUCUUCUAAGGGAGGGAGAAACCAUGCAGAAACUUUACGUGGAGCAAGCCAAGAGGAUUGACACCAUCUCCCGGGCUGUCUUCCCUUUCACUUUCCUCAUCUUCAACAUCUUCUACUGGGUUGUCUAUAAAGUCCUACGGUCAGAAGAUAUCCACCAGGCACUGUGAAUAGGGUACGGCUAAGGGCUAGAAAGUCCAGCUGUUGUCUUCCUGCUCUGCUUCUUCCUGUGUGAGAUUCCCCCUCCAUUAGAUUCCAUCAGGAGCUUGGAGAGUUCAUUUCUGGAACCUCAACAGCCAAUCCCAAAGCUAUGCAUGUCUACACUGCAUGGUGCCAGUGGUGGCUGUACUUAGAAAGAUGGCUUAUCUGCUCGAAUCCGGUUAUUCUCCAUGCUAUCCCAUUUCUCAUGAGAGUAAGGUUUGGCCAUAUUUCUGAGUCCAGGAUGACCUUUUUCCCUUGCUGGAGCCUGUCUGUUUUCCAAUUCUCCAGUGGAGAAUUUUCAGAUCAUUGCUACUAUAUUCUGGUAUUUGUUAUCUUAACCUGCACCAUUCUUCAUGCUGUUACCUCCCACCCAGAGCCUGGCCUUUCCUCUGUCCUCUGACCCUCCUACCACAGGCUCAAAUAGGGAGUCUUUUUCAUCCACAAAUGCUGCCUUUUGUGGCCCAGUCAUUUGUCCUUGACUAUGGGAAGAAGGCAGGGUGACAGGUUCCCUACCUCUCAGCAAGGUGGGAACAGUCAUGGGCUGCACUGAGGUAGGGUAUUGCUAUAUUACUCAACAGAGAGAUCUUCAAAUCUCCUAGGAUGUUCAACACUGUCAGAAAUGUGGUCAGGAAUCUUGGACUCUCAGAAAAUCCACCCUUCCAGAUUCAUCUGAACUUCCAGGUCUCAGAAAUAUUUGUUUUAUUCCCUAACUAGUAUGGUGGCAGGGUAUGUUUGGCUGCUCAGGAGUGUGAAAAGAGAAAAAUUCCUACUCUUUAAGAAACUUAGUGAUGUUAGAAAACCUUCAAAAAAAAAAGUGAAAUCCAAGGUAGUAGGACCUGGAAGGAGUAAAAUAUAGAAAAUAUCCUAAGAGUAUCUUUUGUUGGCUGGGCUAUCAUUUGUUUCUUUUUCUCUGAAGUCUUUUUAUUUCCCAGGAUCCCUCAUUUUCAACUUGCUCCUUAACCUUCUUUUAGUGAGCAAAUAAAAGUGCCAUUCAACUUUGUCCAGGAUAACGUGGGCUUCAAGCUUCCUGGAAAGGAACUAGGCAUAUAGAAGACCCCGAUCCUGGACAAACAUUGACUUGGCCAACAUCAGAGUAGUAGUUGUAGAAGUUAAAGCCCCAUAAGUUGCAGUUAUUUCUUAACCCUUCUCUUGUUUUUCUUCUCCUUCCACAGUGAGUAAGGGUGGCAGUCAGUGGAAGCUACCAGAAAUGUCAGAAUAGAGAGGAUGUGAAAGAGCCCAUUUCAGGUCUGAAAUACCAAUGGGACAUGGGGAAGCAUGGGUCUGGUAUGCCGGAUCCUUUGAAAUGACACAACUAUGAAGAACUGAAAAAGGGAAGAUUAAAGUAUAGGGCUAACAGCUGGAAGAUGGGUGAUACAAUGAUCUCUUAAAUAUCUUGUCCAUUUCUCUGGACCUAGAAUAAGUACCUAUGUGAAUCUAAUCUCUCUCUCUCUCUCUCUCUCUCUCUCUCUCUCUCUCUCUCUUUCUCUCUGUUUCAUUCCUCCCAUCUCUUCCCUCCCUCUCUUCCUCAAAAUGGUGUUCCAAAUUGAAAGUCAAUAAAUCCAAUGACCAAAGCAAAUCCUAUAGUCAAAGCAAGAGCUCACCUCUUUCUUUCACUCUUUUUCCUAUUGAGCUCAUCUGCUCUUUUCUGUUCACUGAGAUACUCCUCUCGUCUGUCUCUUGGUUUUGAGGAGAGAAUUUGGGCUGACCAUGGCAGCUGGACCAGAAGUUAAUCUUACUGAUGAUAUUAAUUAUAACUCUGGUGCCAACUGGAUUCAAAACUAAAGGACUGGCUUAAGGGAGGAGAUUAAGAGGGCAGAGAGUCCCUAUUUUCCCAUUUCUUCCUAGGUAGUGCCAAUCAAUGAGAGGCCACAAGCAAUACCCCUUUGAAAGGAGCAGAGAGUAUCUCUUUGAUACUCUCCAUGGCAGGGCUGGAGUGUCAGGCUGCUGCAGCCCGAAGGCGGGGGUAGUGGGGGGUGGACUAUGGAGAUGAGCUUACUGCACAGAGCUCUACUUGUUAUAGAUCUUGUCCAGAUGGGCCAACUGCACAAAUCUGCCCUGUUGGAAGUCUCAAGAACAAUGCCCUAGAGACAACUACAGCACUGAGCAAUAGAGCCUGCCCAACUGGGACUCAAUUCAGUGCAUCAGCUGGUGCUGGGAGCCAAAGAAGCCAAAGUACCAACCAACAUAAUAGCCCAAGGGAGUUCACAAAGAUACUGAGAGGCAAUGCCAGGUGGAAGGUACUGUCUUUCCCCAACAGAGCCCCCAAGUGGAGAAGGGAGACACAUGGUGUCAGAAUCAGGUGGAAAUGACUUUCAUUUUCCUCAUCCUUACCACACAUGUAUGGAGGAGGGGUGAUGGGAAAGCUGGAUCCCACUGGAAGUAUCUGACACCUACCAAUCCAUUCAAUCAUGAAAUUCUUGAAUGUGGACGCUUUUCACCACAGUGAGUUGGCAGGAGGUGACAGAAGAGACUCACUUGAAAGUCACUUCCAUUUAUCCUCAUAGUACUCAUCCCUCCUGAGACCUACACUACUUUCUGUUUUAAAACAGCAUUUUUUCUUUUUUCUUUUUUUUAAGUAGGCUCCAUUCCCAAUGUGGGGGCUGAACUCAUGACCCUGAGAUCAAGAGUCACAUGCUCCACCAAUUGAACUAGCCAGGCACUCCAAAACAGCAUAUUUUCUAAAGGGGAAAAAAACUUCCUACGUAAAUAAAGUGCUUUGCGUGUUUUCAUUAAUUCAUCGUUAAUCUUUAAUGUCAGUUCAACAUUUUAUGCAUAUAUUUUUCCAGAGAAAAGGGAGUUAUUGUCAUGCAGUUGUUGUUAAGGCUUUCUGACUUUCCAUUUUCCCUUCAGUUUGCUCUGCUCUUUGGAAAACCAGGAAUCUGUCUUCCUCUUUCCCCUCAAUCCACCAGCAGGGCCUCUUGCUCUCCCAGAAUUCACAGUCAAAUCAAAAAGAACUUUUGAUGUGGAAGAAAGGUAGUGAAUACAAUCUAUUCCUUUUAUGUUCUCCCAUAAGCCUUUCUCCCCACCUAUCACCAAAGAACUGACACUUAAAGUUGAAAUAUUAAGUUCACUCUUGAAGUUAUAUUCCCUUUUCACUGAGCCAUGCAAAUGUCCCAACUUUGUCCAGAACCUAUCACCUCCUGGAAAUCUGUGUCCCCACUUGCCUCUCUCCCUUCUCAAUUUACUAUUCUCAAGACUGUAAUUAUUAUUAUCUUAUUUCUGGCUGUCAAAAUCUUAAAUUUAAAUACACUCUGUUGAGAUUAAAGAUCUUCCUAGGCUGCACUGCUAAUAAAAGACAAAUUAGCCAAGCAUGGGAACUAUCAAGGGAUUAGGAACUCAGGUAGUAUUAUCACUUGUUGAAUGGAAGAAAUGUAGAAUAAGCUCUUUGAUGGCAGGGACUGCAUCUUACACAGCUUUUUAGUUCAUGCAGCUCCUGAUACAUAGCAAUACUCAGUAGGUAUAUAUAGAAUGAAAGUAUGCCUUCUCACAUGGUUAUAUGUGCACAUUUUUAUUAUAUACCACAUUUUUAUUCAUUCCCUCUCCAUUAACCUAUUGAUCACAGAAAAAUAGACCUAGAAGGGGACUUAUCAAAUCAGAUAGAACUCACACACACAUGUGCAUGCACACACACACACACACACACACACACACACACACACACACCCAAGCUGGUCCUUGGGUAUAAUAGAACCAAAGUUGAGAAAACAUAAAAACUUGGUAAAUUGCAUUGUUGAAAAAAGAAUGAUAAUGAUCUGAUUAAACAUUAAUACUAUUCCAAAUAUGAAGACUAAUAAAUAUCAAACUAUAUUUCAAAAACCAAUCACCAAAUGAAAACUCUGGCAGUGACAAGCGAGUACAGAAGUGGGGAUUUUGGCAUUACAAUAAUACACUUCUCCCUGAUCCACAUGCUGUUCCCACUGGAGAGCCAGUCAUUCCUGAAAGGAUAGCAAUUCGGCUGUUCUCCCCAGCCCUAUACUGCUUGCUCUAUUAUACUUCACAUCUAGGAUAACAUUUACAUUCUACAGACUUGGACUAGUGGCAUCAGAACAGCUUGUUAUCAAAUCUGAGGCUGGAAGGAGGAAGGACACCUGAGCCAGGAGCUUUCUCAUUCAGAGUAUUCUCUGCAUGGAGGGAUGAAGCAUGGCUGCUGAAAAAGCCACCUGAAAAAGUCACAUGAGAACUCAACUGUUGCUACUCGCCUGACUAGCUCUGUUUUUUUAGUCUCUGCUUUCACCAUGGGACUAUGUACAAAUACCCAGGUUGCAUUAUACUGUGUGGUUCAUUACAAGGAAGUACAUACUCUCACUAUCAAUUCUAUGGAAUAAGGGCAAUUAGUACUGUCAACUAAAUUCAAGGGGAACAUUUUUGUCUUACAGAGCUGGAUCUAGAAAAAUAUGCACAUAUACUCUAUUGUAAUAGCUUCCAUUCAUGACAGUGUAGUGAUUAAGGGCAUGGUUAUGGUACCAAACAGAGCCUAGGUUUGCAUUACAGGUCCAAUCCUCACUAGAUAUGGGCUCUUAGGCAAAUGACUUCACCUCCCUCAGCCUCAGUUGCCUCUUCUAAAGGGUCAUUUGAAGGCUCUGACAGAUCUAGCACACAAUAACUAUGUGGCCUUGAGCAAAUCAUUGAACCUGUGAUUCAAUGUUCACAUCUGUUAAAAGAAGGUGAUAACAGUACCAACCUCAUAGGGUUAUUGUGGGAAUAAAAUGGGAUAACUUUGGCAAAGUGCUUAAUUCAGUGCUUGGCACAUAGUAAGUGCUCAGUAAAGAUUAGCUAUUACAUCACCAGACCACAUAAUCAUACACAUAUCAAAUUUGUAGCACAUGGACUUUUUAGUUUUUCAAUCUUUCCACUCUUACUGGGUUCUUCCUGCUGAUGUAUAUAACAUGCUUACAAAUUACAUAACCGUGGCAAAUUGCUUAAUCUCUUUCUGAAUCUCAGCUUUUUAAAAGAGAGAGAGAAAGAGAGAGGAGGAGGAGGAGGGGGAGAAGGAAAAGGAGAUAGAGAACGAGGAAGAGUGAAGGAAGGAGAAAAGUAGGGAUGAGAGGAAAGGGGAGGGAGAGGAGGGGAGGGAGAGGAAAGAAAGGGAAAAUCUCUCUCAAUCAAAAUGCAAAAUAGGGGUACUUGGCUGGUUUGGUCAGUGGAGCAUCAGGAUUUUGAUCUAAGGGUUAUGGAUUCAAGCUCCACAUUGGGUGUAGAGAUUACUUAAAAAUAAAAUCUUAAG